AAAUUCAACUUAUUAUAAGGACCAACAGAAAACUCACAUCGAUGCCAAUCAGAAGAUUUGAUUAUAGGAAUAUGAACCAUUAGUUUAUAAUCGAUCUACAGUUUAAAAAUUCGUCAAAAAAGUCAUGUUUCCAAAUUACUGCUUUACAAAAUCGGGCAGGCAGUCGGGCUAUGAUGUUAUAAGGAGGGGCUACACCGCCAGGGAGAGUUUCCAGCGCAGCAGUGGUCUUUCAAGGACGUCGCCAGGAGGUCAAAGGUCGCGCAAUCGAUCGGAAAUCCAUAACUCCAGUGAUUCCCCAAGGAAGACUACAAAGCGUCAGCGGAAAUCCAGUUUAUCACGUGACAAGGAUUCGUCUUCCAGGAGCGUGGGCUUCCGAUUAACACCCGUGAUUUGUUCGAGUAAAAAGGAUACCCGUGAAAAGGCUGGCGAGGAUCGUCAAAAGGAUAAGGUGAUGUCCUCCAAAAACAGCAACGAUGCCAGUCGCGAUCUGCAGGAAUCCUUCGCCGACUUCUUCAGCAUCAUUCACGACAAUGUUUUGGAGUCCGUCCAGGAGGCCGUGCAGCGAAUGGUGACCAACUGUUUUAAGGAGUCCUUGACCAAGAUGGAGCGCCUGUCCAAGGAGCUGCAGAACCAGGAGGCGCUGCUCAACAAAAUCCAUCGCGAUGUUACCAACAAAAUUACCGCCCAGAGUGAAACGAACCUGAACCAAUUCAAGUUCGUUACCCAAAUGCUCAUCGACAACCAAACGGUGCACUACAGAGCACUCAAUCAGGCGAAGGCGAACAGGCAGCGGCGCAAGGAGGAGCGGGAUGCGGAGAAGGAGCGGAAGUUGGAAAGGGAACGGAAGCGGAAGUGCACCUGCAAGGAGACGAACAAUGAGCGGGCUACAUCCAGAAGUCGCUGCAGGAGCUCCAGUGUGGACCUCUCUCCGAAAAAACGAUGUUCCGGUGGCGAUGCCAAGGAAAUCAAGCCUAGAGGACCACAGCAUCAGUUGUGUCAACAGCAGGCUCCUCUGGUCUACCACAUGUGCCAGUCCUGCACGGACCAGGAAUCCAUGGCCCGGAAUCAGGAGUCCAAAAGGACAUCCCGCUCAUCAUCGAAGCACACGAAUACGCCUGUUCUGCCCCGGCGAUCCACUUCCUACAGCAUGCCAGAUCUCUCCGGACGCACUUCCUCCCUUUCCAGGCGUUCCAGUAACACUCAGCCCCUCACGAAAGUCUCCAAGAGCUGUUUAUGCCGAUCCUUGAACAACAGAAAAAGUCAGUUUCUAUGCCAUCCAGCCAUGACUUAUCCGCCCUACGUCCGCAACAUUCCGAUUCCCCGGCGAAAGGUUGGCAAAAAAUAAUUAUAUAUUUUAUCGAAUCCCAGAUACCAAGAUCUGUUUAGGCUACCAGUUGCAUUGCUUGGACAAGGAAUCCUUUUCAGUUGGAGUCCUUUUCAUGUUUUGCAACUGACUGUCUUGGCAGACAAACCAAAUCGAGAAAAUAUUUUAAAAAUUAAGUCUAAGUUUUAUCACACCUUAAAAAUAAAUACAAACAUCAAGCAUUUUUAACAA